AUGGUUGACAUUUCUUCUAAAAUGAAAUAUAACGUGCCGAAACAAGCAAUACAUGAAUGUUAUACCACACAAACAUUGCAUUACAUUAAAAUAGAAUUGUAUCAUGAGGCGCACACCAAUCACAUGAUUGUAAACUGUAAAUCUAAUUGCUUCCAUGCUAUUGCAGAUCCAUACUACACCGCAAACCAUUAUGAAUACAAACAAAUUCGUUUAAGUAGCAGCAUUCGUUUUCUCAAAUUGACCGGACAUUCUAAUACAGAUGUAUCAACCUGCACCGGUAGAAUGUGGUUCAAUCGCGAUUUUUGGUAUUAA